UGCUUCCGGUCCCUCCCUCCAUCGGCGGCGGCGGCGGCGGCGGCUUUUUCGUGAGGCGAUGGCGGCGGUGCGGGGCCUCCGCAUCUCCGUGAAGGCGGCCGAGCCGGAGCCCAUGGAGGUGGAGGAGGGCGAGCUGCUGGUGGUGCAGGCCAGGCCGUCCCCGCCGGGCCCAGACGCCGCGCCUCCUCCGCCCGACGCCGCCCCCGCCGGAGGAGAAGAAGAAGAAGAAGACGACGACGAAGACGAUGAGGACGACGACGACGGGGGAGAAGAGGAACUGGAGGUGCCGGUGCGGCGCUCGCUGAGGGACCUGCUGCCGGACACCAGCAGAAGAUACGAAAACAAAGCCGGGAGCUUCAUCACUGGGAUCGAUGUCACUUCAAAGGAAGCCAUCGAGAAGAAGGAGCAAAGAGCAAAGCGUUUUCAUUUCCGUGCAGAGGUGAAUCUUGCACAAAGAAACGUGGCGUUGGACCGAGACAUGGUGAAGAAAGCGAUCCCGAAAGUCCGGCUGGACACCAUCUAUGUUUGUGGUGUUGAUGAAAUGAGCACCCAGGACAUCUUUGCCUAUUUCAAGGAGUAUCCUCCUGCUCACAUCGAGUGGCUGGAUGACACUUCAUGCAACGUUGUCUGGCUUGACGAGGUAACAGCCACACGAGCGCUCAUCAACAUGAGCUCUAUGCCUGAGGAGGAGAAGAUGAAACCCCAAGAAAACAGCAAGAAGGUGGCGGUGGUGGAGGCAAGCAAGAAAGAGAAACAGGAAGAGAGCUCUGAUGAUGAGGCGGAGGAGGGCGAGGUGGAAGACGACCAUCCAAAUGAGACCGAGCUGGACACUCUCUCCCAGGCAGAGGAAGACUCUCUCUUGCAGAAUGACCUGCGUCCAGCCAGUAAACUGGCCAAGGGCAACAAGCUCUUCAUGAGGUUUGCUACCAGAGAUGACAAAAAGGAGCUUGGGGCUGCCAGGAGGAGCCAGUAUUACAUGAAAUAUGGGAAUCCCAAUUAUGGAGGCAUGAAAGGCAUAUUGAGCAACUCCUGGAAGCGGAGAUACCAUUCACGCAGGCUCCACCGCGACGUGAUUAAAAAAAGGACUCUCAUUGGGGAUGAUGUUGGUCUCACGCCUCCUUACAAACAUCGCCACUCAGGUUUAGUAAAUGUUCCUGAGGAACCUAUUGAGGAGGAAGAGGAGGAGGAAGAUGAUGAUGAUCAGGACAUGGAUGAAGACGACCGGGUGGUUGUGGAAUACAGGGAUGAGCUGCAGGCUUUCAAGCAGUCGCGGGAGCGGAGUGCCUCCCGGCGGUCCAGCGCAGCCAGCGAGUCUGACUCGGAUGAAAUGGACUAUGACCUGGAGCUGAAAAUGAUCUCCACUCCCUCCCCCAAGAAGAGCAUGAAGAUGACCAUGUAUGCCGACGAGGUGGAGUCUCAGCUGAAGAGCAUCAGGAACUCGAUGAGAGCAGAUAGUGUUGCAGCCAGCAACAUCAAGAACCGAAUUGGAAGCAAAGGGACUUCAGAGAAAGUGGCUGAUGUGCGGCUCCUCUUGGAGGAAAAGCGGCAGGGAAACCCCAGCCCGCGCCAGCCACUGAACUCCGUGAGAUCAGAUGUUCGGCAGAGGCUUGGCAAGAGGCCGCAUUCCCCAGAAGCCCACACCCCACCUGGAAGCCCCUCCACGUCCCACCGUGAGCCUCUCUCCGAUGUGCACAGUCGACUGGGCAUCCCCAAGCAGGACGGGAAAGGCCUCUACUCUGAUACCAGAGAGAAGAAGUCAGCAAACUUAUGGACCCGUUUAGGAUCCACAGCAAAGGUGCAGGAGAAGGUCCCCGAGAAAGCAGAGAAGUCUUCGGCCUCUCCCGAAGAAGAGGACUCUGAACUCCAGCGGGCCUGGGGGGCCCUCAUCAAAGAGAAGGAGCAGUCUCGCCAGAAGAAGAGCCGCCUUGACAACUUGCCCUCGCUGCAGAUCGAAAUCAGCCGGGAGAGCAGCUCAGGCUCAGACACAGAAUCGUGACAGCCUUGGGGGUGCUGCUGCUGCUGCUCCCAGGUGACUGUUGCCCUCGGCCCCAAAGUGGGAGCCGGGCCUGGCGUGACCCAGGAGCCUCUUGCCCUGCCGAAUGUCCGAUCCCUGCGGUGCAAGGUGGCCCUGUGGGGCAGAGAGAGGUGACCUUGGCUGAGAGUGCGUGAGUGAAUGUCUGUGUGUUUGUUCCCCUAGAAAGCAGUUGGGGGUUUUGUAGGAGACUUGUAUGUUCUUUAGGCUUUCCAUGUACUGGUUUCUUUUAAGAGGGGGGAAUGGUUCCAACAGCUUCCUCAAAGGAUAUGGGACUUUCCUUGAUGACUUUCUUGGUCCUUCUCCGGGUUGCCUGCUGGCCAACUGGGACAGGCUCUGAGGACCAGCUCCAGCAGCCGCUGCUACCUACUCUUCCUCCUCUGGAAUGAUAUUGAAUGCAAAUCCCAAGUGAAGGCAGCAACAGUCCAUGCCAGCAAUGCUGGAUAGAACCCACCAGAACUGGCUUUCUGUUUCCAGGAUCCUUUCCUACUUAAAAUGAAGAUUGAACAGUUGGAAGCCUCUGAAAAGGGUACACAAAAUCCCGAAAGGUGCUUUUUCUUUGUCUUUGAAAGUAACUUUAAAAUUAUUUCCAUCUGUAACGUUCAAAUGAAAUCCAGCAUUGGAAAUACUAACUUUUAUAUAUAUAUAUAUAUUUGUGAUUUUUAUUUUUUGCUGUUGGCUACAGUGUGAAAGCUACCAUGGUGGUUUCAUAUGUCCAGUUCAAAUUAUAUAUAUAUAUAUAUAUGAAGAAUAUGGUUGUGUGUGUGCAUAGGAUUGAAUGGAAGCUCCGCCCCAUAGUGUGCCUGAUUAGAGCCUCUCCUGUGCAGGCCCUUUUGAAAUUAUCAUUGUUCUUUGUAAUAGUAGUAGUAGCCUUAGAAGUAUUUAUUGCACUUAUUGCCCUGCCCUUCCUCUCACAAGAGUCCAGGGCAGCUUGCAACAAUCCACAAAACCAACAUCUGAAAACAAAGCAAAAUCACAAUUGGCAAUAAAGUACAGUUGACAGUUACAUCUAUUACAUUACCUAAUAGAGGCCUGCAGGAACAAAAAGGUUUUAAAUUACUGCACUGCCUGAAUGCAUGCAAAAUAAAGGAUAGCCAGGUUGCCACAGGUGCAGAGAGGGACAGAGCUUUUGUUUAUAGGCUGUCAACUAGUCCAGCACCUGUACAGCCUCUCCUGAUUCUGAUGGAACAGAGAGGAGCACGUAAUGUGUCGCCUGCAUAUUGAUGAUGAUGCACCACAAAUCUGUACUACACACCCCAGCAGGAGAUGUUAAACAGCAUGUGGGACAAAAUCUAGAACCUUUUAGGCUAUACAACAAGGCUGCCAGGCGGCUGAGCAUCUGUCUGCCAGUGCUGCUCUCUGGUAGUGGCCCUGCAAGUAAGAGUAGAACCACAGCAAUAAAUGCCAACUCCCAGAGCUGCUCAAAGAGCAUACUGUACUAAGAUCAGUAGUAUUGAAAGCCUCAGAGGGUUUAAGCAGAGGAUAGCACUCUGCCCCCUGCAUCUCCUAAAACAAAUCAUCUGUUAGGGUGACCAAGGCUGGCUGGGUGUGGUACUCAGGCCUGAAGGCAGAGUGGAACUGGUGGGAGCCGCUGCAAGGGCCGGUUUCUGGUGGAUUACAGCCCUCAGCAUAGGAAGUGUGCCUACAUUCUGUCACAAUUUCUGUUCUCAUGACAUGAAUGUCUUUGGUUGAUUCCUUCUUCCUCGCCCCAAAUGUCCCCCAAUGCCAAAGGUUGUUUCUUCUUCCUUCUUCCUUGGGAAGCUCUUCUCUGUGUGGCUCUCCCUCCAACACCCUUCCCCCUUUGUUCUGCAGGAAGUUGUGAAGCAAUCUGAAUAAUUUUUGCCUGUAGCAGAAAAAGUGACUGCCUUGCCCUGUUGAAGUAUUCCAUGAGUCUUCCAUCUUUGGGUUUUCUGCCUAUUCCCCUUGGCAAAGUGGGUGCCCCCCCCCUUUCCACUUUUAACCAUAGAUAAACGUUUUGGGCUUUGGGAAAUUGAGGGAUCAUGAGCUGUGAGCUUUUAUUUCAGAGAAGAGGAGCCUAGGAAGCAGGGAGGAUAAACUAACAGCAUUUGGUCUCUAAAGCUUCCUUUUUAAAAAAUUUAACUGAACCUCAUUCAUGUGUUUAAAUAUGGCUUCUCAAGAUCAUACCUGACAAAAGUAAGUAAAUGCAGUGUUUUAUCAUUGUAAGAGACUGUUCAAGUGUGUGUGCCCUAAAGCCUGAUAUGUAGCUACCUAUCAAUACAAUUAAUACUUUAUCAAAAAUUCAUGUUGCAAGUAAAGUUCCUACCCUGGACUUGGCAGAUCUCUUUCACUGUCUGUGGAGCCUGGAGCCUUAGUUCUGCCUGCCAUGUAUUCUGCAGAAGAACUCUGCGACAGCUCAAGCAGAGUGAGCAAGUGGAUGGCUUCAUAGGCGGAAAAGUGGCUGGGCAGCAGGAAGUUGUGGCAGGAGGCCUUGGAACAAAUAGCUCAGCCUUUUCCAGGGAGCAGAAGUACUAGAAGGCUGCUUCUUUGUGCAGGUUGGAUGUUGGUAGCAAGAGUGAAGCUGUAGCUCCGACUUGCUGUUUCACUUGCAUGUUUCAGGUGCACAUUUCGUUGGGUGCUCUUCCCCACCCUUCAAGAUGGAGCAAGCUGUGAGGCCAGAUGAACAGACCGCAGGCAGUAGUUGCUUGGUGGUCUUCAGAGAGAAGAGGGCUUCAUUCCUUUGGGGGAAGCAUCUAAUGUAUACAUUCAUUGUAUUGCUACUUUGGAAUGUUGCUGGCAGAACUGCUGUGUAUCAUCUGGAGUUCCUGCUUGCUGGUGGUCUUCAACCUGGCAGGGCUGCAGUCGUUGGGUGUCUUCACUCAGAAGAGAGUCCCCUUCCAGCCAGCAGGGCUUCUUUCAUACAAACACAGGAACAUUAAAAGAGCCUGCCAGAUCGGGCCAGUGGUCCAUCUAGUCUAGCCUCCUGUCCUCACAGUGGCCAACCAGAUGCCCUUAAUGGGAAACACACUAGUGCAUGGGUAGGCAAACUAAGGCCAGGGGGCCAGAUCCGGCCCAAUCGCCACCUAAAUCCGGCCCACGGAGGGUCCGGGAAUCAGUGUGUUUUUACAGGAGUAGAAUGUGUCCUUUUAUUUAAAAUGAAUGUCUGGGUUAUUUGUGGGGCAUAGGAAUUCGUUCAUUCCCCCCCUCCAAAAAAAAUAGUUCGGCCCCCGACAUUGGAUUGGCCCCCUGCUGAAAAAGUUUGCUGACCCCUGCACUAGUGGGACUUGAGCAUAAGAGCCUUCCCUCCUGUGGUUUCCAGCAAUUGGUAUUCAAAAAGAGUGGAGGCAGAGCAGAGCCAUCAUGGCUAGUAUACAUGCUCCAUGAAUUUAUCCAAUCCUCUUUUAAAGCCGUUAAGUUACCCUGUUUCCCCUAUUUUAAGACGUCAUUGUAAAAUAAGCCAUAGCAGGAUUUUUAAGCACUCGAGGAAUAUAAGCCAUACCCUGAAAAUAAGACAUAGUGAUAGGCGCAGCAGCAAUGCCAGCCACGGCAGGAGGAGGAAAAAAUAAGACAUCUCCUGAAAAUAAGCCAUAGUGGGUUUUUUGUGUUUCUUUUUUUUUUAGGAAAUAAUAUAAGACGGUGUCUUAUUUUCAGAGAAACACUGUAGUGGCCACCACUGCCUCCUGUGGGAGCGAGUUCCAUAGUUGUGCUGUGUGCUGUGUGAAAAAGUCCUUUUAUCUGUCUGGAGGCUUCCAAUUUUCACCUGCUUUGGAGGUCCAUUAGCUUUGGUGUUAUGGAGAAGAAAGAAACCUGCUGAGAAGGGAGGAGCCAGUGGGAAAUAUUUCUGCAAUGAUUACAUUUCUAGGCUGCCUUUCCCUCACAUGGAGCCCAUCAACUUCUCAAGCAAACCCCUGGGCCCUACUAUGCCAGCGUUCCAGCAUCAGGGACCUCUGGAGGCCACCUUGACUUCGGGGAGCUGUGCAAAAAAAAAAAAGGGCUUCAAAAGCUUGAUGUAGCA